AUGACAAUGGAAGAUCGCACGGGUGGCAUCGACCGCGCCGCCCCCGCGACGUCUACGACGGCCACGACGGCGUUAACGUCGUCCAGUCCCUCGUCCAUCAGCGACGUCACCUCCGACGCUUCGUAUCCUCUCCAGCGCGCCAGCAAACGCUCUUUCGACGUAGCGUUCCUCGUCGCGCCCGACGAGAACCUCGCUCGUCGUCAAAAUGAGAAGAUGAGGCUGGUGUCAAGCAGGAAGGACCGUUCUCGAGAAGAGAUCUCGAGGGAGAACAUCGUAGAUUCCGAUAGACUGCCUCAGAAUUUGACGAUCAAGAAUUACGACAAUGACACCGGUGGCUCCGACAGGAGAAGGAUGUUGCAUUGCACGGAGAACUCAUUAAGCCCUCCGUACAUAUCGCCCAGAACUUUGACCCCAACACUGCCAGGAUUGUCACCCGACACCGACGCGCGGAGGUACGUCUCUGGCAGUCGUCUACAAAAGUCUCCGAGCCCACCAGCGUUUGGCACUCAUCAAUCAAUGUUGACCACUUGUCCCGACGCGGUAGAGCCGAACCUUGCCUGUAACAAGGUCUACGAUACCGUCAUACCCUGUCCGAGCGACAGACACGGAGAAUCCCGCAGCGCCUUUACGAAGGUGAACCUUGCAUCUCAGAGGAACGGCUUUAACGACGACGGACAGACCUCGCCAAGGUCCUCCAUAUCGCCAGACGAUCGUAGCGGUUAUCAAAACAGCGUCAGUCCACCGGUUGUACCACUGACCGCUACCACUGGCUACAAGUACGCACCGUUCCCCACCAAAAUGACGUAUCCUUUCCUAGUCAGUCCCGAAAGCAGUCAGCCUGGUAUACUGGAGAACCUGAAGAUACCUCAGAUCGCUCAGCCACCCAAAGUACCCAGUCCGAAGAUGCCCAGUUUCCGACCGGAUCUACCACCGGUUUAUCCUAACCUGCCGUACAAUCCAAUCUCCGUGUUCCCUCCGAUGGCGGAAGCGUUGACCAGGCCGAGAUUCCUGGCGACGGCCGCGGGGGUGGCUGGUCUUCUACCCCCGUCGUUCGCCGCGUUGACCCUGCCCGCGCAAAACGUUUGCGCCAAGUGCAAUCUUUCCUUCCGGAUGACGUCCGACUUGGUGUACCACAUGAGAUCGCACCACAAGAACGAGAAUUCCGGCGAAGCUGCCAGGAGGAGGCGGGAGGAGAAACUUAGGUGUCCCGUCUGCGACGAGAGCUUCAGGGAAAGACACCACCUCACCAGGCAUAUGACCGCGCACCAGGAUAAAGAGAGCGACGCAAUCGUGGACCAGGUCGAAGUGAAGAGGCGAGCUACCACCGUUCACAGCAAGUGA